GCCGGCCUGGCCACGUCACCGCCCAGCCGAGAGCGCGCUGGCUGAGCGCUGGCACCGGGCGGAGCUCGGAGCUCGGAGCUCGGAGGCACGGACAGGGGCCGCGGGACCCGCAGCCUGGGCCGGGGACGUGGCAGCCGCGUCGCCCGCCAGAAAGUUUCCCAGGAGUUGGCUGCGCCCGAGUGCGGGGCCGGCGGGCUGGACCAUGAACGUGUUCCGUAUCCUCGGCGACCUGAGCCACCUCCUGGCCAUGAUCCUGCUGCUGGGGAAGAUCUGGAGAUCGAAGUCCUGCUCAGGCAUCUCGGGGAAGAGCCAGAUCCUUUUCGCUCUCGUCUUCACCACCAGGUACCUGGACCUGUUCACCAACUUCAUCUCCAUCUACAACACGGUCAUGAAGGUAGUUUUUCUCCUCUGUGCCUACGUCACAGUGUACAUGAUCUACGGGAAAUUUCGGAAAACCUUUGACAGUGAGAAUGACACAUUCCGCCUGGAGUUCCUUCUGGUCCCGGUGGUCGGCCUCUCCUUCCUUGAGAACUACAGUUUCACUCCCCUGGAGAUCCUCUGGACUUUCUCCAUCUACCUGGAGUCAGUGGCCAUCCUGCCGCAGCUUUUCCUGAUCAGCAAGACGGGCGAGGCGGAGACCAUCACCACUCACUACCUGUUCUUCCUUGGGCUGUACCGGGCCCUCUACCUGGCCAACUGGAUCAGGCGGUACCAGACUGAGAAUUUCUAUGACCAAAUUGCAGUGGUGUCUGGGGUGGUACAAACCAUCUUCUACUGUGACUUCUUCUACUUGUAUGUGACCAAAGUCCUUAAAGGAAAGAAGUUAAGUCUUCCAAUGCCAAUUUGAGACCCUCAGAAAACAAGGGCACGAACCCAACUAUGUGAGAUGUUCUACUGAGGGACUCAUACCAAUGUUAAUGCCAGAAGAAUGCUCAGUGUGGAUGGACUCCAGCAAAGCACUGACGACUCCAUCUACAGGACCUCAACACCACCUCCCCCCUUACAGAAGCAACGAAAAGACCUGGGCCACGCACACAAACGCCGUACCACACGUUAACGAGGACAUCAAGAACCCCUGAGGCUCAUGCGUAAAGCUGUCCCUCCGAGUACAAAGCAAGACACUAACUUACAGGCUUUGGCGAGACUGUAGUAGUUCCACACCCAGUAUUUAAUCUGAGUAACAAUCCUAGGAGGGUACCAGUAGUGUGGCCAUUUACCGACAAGGCAACGGAUGCCCAGGGCUUUUACCUACUAGGUAUUGCUUUAUUGCUUUGUAACUCAGAUUUCUGCAUUGCCACCAACCCAUCCCACCUCUUUCACAUUUCUAGGUGCUAAAGCAAUUUCCAACAUCCCCAACCCUGGCUGUGAAGCAAAUAAAAUCUCUUAAGGAGUACUAACUGCCACUGGACUACAGUCAGAAUUUUUGAGUAAUAAAAAGUUCACACCUUAUUGUCAACAGUGUUUAUUUAUACCUACAAAAGAAAACAAGAUGGUAUCAAAAGGACAAUUUACAAACUAAGAAUAACAACAUAGCUCUUAGCAUCCUGUGCCUGAACGUCACACAUCUACAAAUCUUUCAAGUCUUAACGCAACAGGAAUGUGUUCAGAGACCAGCAAGGACAUGAAUAGAGCGCGCUGAUCCCAAGCAAAAGCCACCAACCUUGUAGAUGAGAGAACUCCACACAUGAAUUGUUGGGGAGGGAUUGGGGUGAAGCGGCCCCAUGGCUUAGUAUCGAAAUCCGUUUCCUAAAUGAGUUUGAACUAUUACCACGAAACCUAGGUCCCAUGAGAUCUCGCCUGCUCACGUUCUGAAACAGAGGCAGACCCUGAAUUAUGCGCACCCGACACGGAGGUGGUUACUCUAGAGCGCUAGGGGCGCUGCUCGAUUCCACCUGUGCUCAGGCUGCGGUAGCUUUUGAGGUUUGGAACACGCUGUUACUCUGACUAGGUAACAUCCCUGGUGGA